AUGUCCUUAUUGUGGAUACCAGAACCAUUUCCGGAAAUGCGAAAUUGGGUGAAACAUGUGGACGAUAUAUCAAAGCGAAAAUUAAAUGAAAAUGAAAAUAAACUUCAAAGUUAUAAUAUCGAAAGAUUUGUUGUUCAUUUCGCGAAACGUAAUUUGCAAAGAUCAAGGUUGAAAUGGUUAAGUCAUUGUGUAAGAAUAUCUUCAAUACUUCAAAGUCGAUAUUCUUAA